ACAACUUUCGCUCCCGCGCGCGGCGCAGCUCCCAGAUCCCGAAAAGCCUACAAACCGGCCCGCAACUCCUCAGUACCUCAGCAGAGUCCCGCUUGGUCUCCUUCCUCUCUUACCCCACUCACCCUCGUCCUCGGAUCCGCAGCCUCCGAGUCUGCCUUCGUCAUCAUCUCCUCGACUUCCCAUAAAUCCGCCUCCGCCAUCGCCCCCUCCGCUCGCGCAAAUAGCAAUGGCCACCGCACAUGCCCCCUCUCCUCCGAAAACUCCCCCCGCUUCCUCGACAGAAUCAUCGCUCGCGCCAUCCCGUACAUCUUCGCCGUCUCCUCGAUUCCCGAUCGCCCGUAAAUUCCACUUCCUGCCACUUCUAGACACACCUACCGACACACCUACGGAAUCCCCCUCUUGCUCUGUCCCGCCCUCGCCUCUGCUUCCAUCUCACUCUUCUUCGACUUCUCCUUCCUAUUCAAUACCGUAUCCAUCGUCAGUGCUCCUGUCUUCCCCAAUGCCAACCCCACCUUCCUCAAACGCCCCCUCUUCGUCGUCGUCGCCCUCAUUCUCGCCUGCAAUGGAAUCCGACUACGACGAAUCCACCCCUUCCUCGUUCUCAUACUUCACCCUCCCCUUCAAAGAAGACGCCAAUAGCACAACAGCCCCGCCUCCGCACCUCACGCUCAAGGCCCUUCCGUCGCCCGUCCUCCCUCCGCCUUCGCCCUUCUCGCUCUACCCACCGAGUCCCCCUGUUGAAGACACCCUGGUGAAGUUCAGCCUUCGCCGGCACGCGGCAGGACUCUCGCGCGACCGUGACGCCUUCGGUCGCGGCGCGGAGGCCACCCGUCAGCAGCAGAGCCUCAUGUUCCGCCGGAACAUCUCGCGGCUCUCGCUCGGGCCCACGUCGCCGCUCUGCGCUGCGGCAGACACGAGCGAGAGCGAGGCGGAGUCAAGCGUCGUGCACACGGACGACGCGCUUUCGUGCGACGAGGGGCGGGAUUUUGACGACGACGAUGACGUCAACAUCAAUAUCAAUGUGGACAUGGACGUGGACGUAGAUGUGGACGUGGACGACGUGGGGUCGAUGUUUCGGGAGGCGAGGAUCGCGUGGCGCGGAAGCGAGGCCGGGUUCAGUAGGGUUGGUGGCGCCCGAACGUCGAGGGCUCCGAGUUCGAUGUCCAAAUGACCGCGGAGGACCCUCUUUCUCUUGUCGCUCCUGCUUCUGAUUGUGGAAGGAUGCGCGAUUGCCAUGUUCGGUUGUAUUAGAUGCCGUGCGAGCGGCGAGGUGAUAUGUUGUGUCUCUUUUUUGUUGUACCUGGUCGUUUCCUUCGUCUCAGAUACCCUUGCAUAUAUUUUGUCCUCUCUCUCCUCACUUCCUCUCGUCUUAUGCGUAUUCAUUCCCAUAUAGCACCUCGCAUCUUAAUGACAUCGUGACAUUGACAUCUUUGGCUAGUUUGCGUGGUGUUUAGUACAAUACGUAGAUUGACAUCGGACCGGUCAGUAAAUACACACACACCACUAUUGUUUCCAUAUUUACCAUUUUUCCACUCUGCC